CUGGCCAAGAUGGCGGACGCACAAACCGAGAGGGCUUAUCAGAAGCAGCCCACCAUCUUCCAGAAUAAGAAGCGUGUUCUGGUCGCUGAAGGCGGCAAGGAGAGCAAAGAAAAGCUCCCCCGUUACCAUAAAAGUGUCGGGCUGGGCUUCAAAACCCCAAGAGAGGCUAUUGACGGCACUUAUAUCGACAAGAAAUGCCCCUUCACUGGAAACGUCUCCAUCCGAGGCCGUAUCCUGUCGGGUGUGGUGACCAAAAUGAAGAUGCAAAGGACCAUCGUCAUCAGGCGCGACUACUUGCAUUACAUCCGCAAGUACAACCGCUUUGAGAAGAGACACAAGAACUUGUCUGUGCAUCUGUCCCCAUGCUUCAGGGACGUCUCAAUCGGAGACAUCGUUACGGUCGGUGAGUGCCGACCGCUCAGCAAGACGGUGAGGUUCAAUGUUCUCAAGGUGACAAAAGCAGCUGGAGCGAAGAAGCAGUUCCAAAAGUUUUAA